UUGAGUAGUGCCAGUUUAUCUUCUGUUGUGUUUCUAGAAUUUGCCUAUUCGAAAAAAGUGUUCGUCAUUGUCCUUUUUCAGGUGUCUCACGCAGCUGACGUAAGGACUGACGACGAAGUUCUGGCUUAUGCACAUGAGAUCCCUCCACCCGAUGAAGGUUUCCUCCAUGUUUGUACGGCGAUUGAUCCUAAUAUGUCUGACGAUCUGAAGGAUAAUGUGUGGACCCAAGUGUGCAUGAUGAUCGAGAAGGUCGAUUUAGAUGAUGAGACGAUUGCUUAUGUCGCCUGUGCCUUUUAUUGUGUGAUGCUUGAAAUGGACAAAUUCCAGCAGAAACCAUUUCCUUAUUCUAUGCAUAGAAUUUUAAAAAUAUGUAGUGUUAGCGUAGUAGAGUUUUUCGACAAACUGAAACGAUGGAUAGAAAUUGCUACUUCAUCGAAAAAGAUCGCAGAUCAUGCGCACAAAGUUGAGUCAUCACUGUCCGUUUCUUUUGUGAUAUUCAAGAAAUUUUUGCCCAUAUUCCGCUCUCUUUUUCAAUUGGUCGCAAGCGAUUCUAAGCAGUCAUUCAAUUCAAAGGACCUUUUCACCGUUAUUUGGUUGAUGACCAUGAUUAUGAAAAAAUCGCUGCCAACGGAUGAUCUCAUAACAUCUUUCCACCUACUGCUGUGCGUAGUCGAAUGGGUUUACAAAGAUCUCUGCUUCCACGAUUGUGAGGAUCAUAUCGAGCCGGAAUCCGUGGAUCCCAUGAUGGAGAGUAAAGACGGCGUGAGGGUGUUGGAGGUUUUGUGUCGCUCGUUCGAUGGAGUUCUGAUAGACGCUAAACAUUUCCGUACUCACUGGUUUAACCAGAAGCGAGAGAGUAUUCUGCCUUGUAUUGAUCACAAGGAUCUUAAUGUUGCGGCUAAUUACAGGCAAUACAUUUCCUCACUCAAUGAUGCGUAUAAUGAAAUUAUGCUCAAAAAGGGUGAACUGGAUGAACGGAUGUUUUUGCCUGAUGACAUGUCGAAUGUCUUUGAUCCAGCUUGUGAUAGCUCGGCUGUCGAACUGCUUCGGCGCGGAUCCACAGACAGCAGGUUUGCUGACGCAGAACUACUCCUGACAAUGUCCACACAAAAUUGUUUGGAAAAGCUCGCCGAAGUGAAGCGAUCGCCAGUGCGAAGUGACGCUAAGAGCUAUGUGAUCUCCUCCCAACAGUUACGGCCUCUGUGCCCGAUCACCCAAACCGAUGCAUCUGCGACGUCUUUACAGCGUCUCAGUGGUAUUGUACCGAGCGAUUUUAAACUCGAGGGAUCAGCUCUUCAACGGUACUGCCUGCAAACGAAGGACAAUCCGUUAUCAGUGAUCGAACUCAGUGCAUAUAUGAUUGGUGAGAGAUUCGUUGAAAAAGUAGCGGCUGAAUGUAACGAUCGGGCGGACUUUGAUCCUCCCAUCUCACAGUCUCCGGAUGACCAUCGAAAAGCGAUGACGAUGUUAUUUUACGUUCUAGUGGAACACAUUGUUUUGGGCGAAAGGAAGCAAAAUCCAGAUCGAGAUUUCCAGGUUUGUGGUCUGCCAGCCAUAAGCUUCCAAAAAAUCAUUGAAGUUGUCAUCCGUAAUGAACCCCAGUUGACACGGGAAAUGGCUCGCCAUUUGAACAAACUAGAAGAACGAGUCUUGGAAGAGCUGGCUUGGACGCACGGUAGCCCACUUUGGACGUCGUUGAGUCGCAAACCAGACAGCGUUCCCACUUGCGAAGAAGCAUGGGGUAACAUGAAAAGCACGGUCAUCAUCUCACCUGCCAAAAGAAUGCGCUACGAGGUGGAUCCAAACACUGUGCCUCAUAAUCAACCACCUCCAUGUAGUGCACAUAUGUCGUUUUUCAGCAAGCUCUAUUACCUUGCAUCCGUUCGGCUUUCGGAUAUUUGUGAGCGGAUUCGGAUAGACGAACGUGGUCGACGAAUGAUGUGGACGCUUCUAGAGCACAUUUUGAAAGAAGAGCGAUCACUUUUAAUGGAUCGGCAUAUAGAUCAGAAUUUGCUGUGUAUUGUGUGA